AUGAAGACAUCCACAUUGGUUGCCCUCUCCACGGGCACGGUCGUUACAGGUUUUCUCGCAUAUGCAGUAUGGUUCGACUACAAAAGACAGUCCGACCCCGAAUUCCGAAAAGCUCUAAAAAGAGAUAACCGCCGCAUGGCCCGCGCCGCGAAGGAAGAGGCCGAGGCCCAAGGCGCUGCUCAACGGGAAGAAAUCAAGAAAGCCGUCAACGCCGCAAAGGAGGAAGGAUUCCCCACGGAUCUGGAGGAGAAAGAAGCCUACUUCAUGGGACAAGUCGCCAAGGGAGAGAGUCUUUGCGCCGAAGGUUCGGACAAUGUUGAAGCUGCUCUUGCCUUUUACAAGGCGCUCAAGGUUUAUCCUCAACCCAAGGAUUUGAUUUCGAUAUAUGAUAAGACCGUGCCCAAGGAUGUGUUGGAGGUUUUGGCGGAGAUGGUUGCUUUGGAUACAGGAUUGAAGCUUGGUUCUUUUACCGCUGAGGGUGCUGGUGCCGGCGCCGACAACCACGGCGUUGAAUAA